UUGUGUGUGUAUGUAUGUAUACGUAUGUGUGUGUAUAGACAAAACAAACAAGCAAUGGAUUGAUUGAUGCACUCAAUUCAUUGACUGACGGACUGACGGACUGACUGACUGACUCGUUGAUUGAUUGACUGAGUGCUUUGCUUCACCAGCCAUGGUUCGCUUGAGUGUGUUGUUGACGGUGUCGCUGUGCGCGUUGGCGGCGGCCGGGUCACUCAAAGCCAAAGCAAACAAACAAUCCAAGGCAAGCCACACAUGAAUGGGACACCAGCCACAAACAAACACACUGCCGAUGUCCCAUUCAUGUGUCUCGCAGCUGCUUCCAGCUCCUCUGCCUCCCGCAUCGGUGCCGAAUGUUGGCGGCGGUCUGUACCUGUUCGCUGACAUGCUGGCCGGUCUGAUCUCGCAAAUCAGCGAACUGAUUGGAGGGUUCGUCCCACCCUUCAAGGCAGGCGGGCACCACACAUGAACAAACAAACGCAUGAGGUCGGUCAUCUCCCAUCUGUGUGUCUGUGUGUGUGUGUCGGCCAGGUUCCGUCGACGAAGCUGCCGGCGUUUGGGCUGACUCCGGUGCUGUUUGGUGCACCCGUGGUGCAGCGAGCGGCUGA